AUGUGUUUCGUAGGUUUUCAUGAUAUUUGGAAUAGCAGUAGUAUUUACUCUAAGCGGAUCACUGAACAAUGUCACAUUCUCCAGUUACAAAUCGAAACUGAAGGUAAUACGUUAGUAAAUAACGUCCAACGAACUAUUACCAGAAAUUUGGAGAUAAACGAAAGAGUUGCUAAUCGUUGGAUUCAACGACAACAGCGACAUUUGGAAACAUUGACAAAACGUUGGUAUCAAUUAUGGAUUCGUUCCCUUUCGGUACAAUGUCGAAUUGAGCAUCAAUUGGAUCAUCUUUACUCUGUAUGUUUUAUUUAA